GAGUCAUCAAUUCCAUGGGUCAUGUUCUUUGCUCUUUUUGCUUAUCAUAAAAAGGAACAAGAAAAAUCAGAUACGGUCAAAACCCAUCAUCCAAAAUUUGCCUGGACAAAUAAAGUUGCAGCAUGAGUCAAAACCCACCAACCAAAUUAAAUUCUUAAGGCAACUGUACUAAUUAUUUAAACAUCAAAAGUCAAACCAAUUGUUAUUACAUCUAUAUCGUAUAAGAUGAACUUCUAAUUGUUAGUUGUUAGAGAUAUGAUAAUAAUAUAACAUAAAUGACUCUCAACCUGCUGUUGGAUGGUGGUUGUUGGUUGUUGCCCAUUUUGCAACUCAGCUGCCCGUAGACAGCAGUUGCUCUUUCACAUUCCGUGUUAAGUUGCUAGUAAUAUUUGACAAUUCUAGCCCAUCAUAUAACCCUGCAAAGCACAGCAGUAGUCUUCCUGUUGAGUUAAAGGGAAAUUAUAUUAUACACAAAAUCUUUUUUUUUUUUUUUGUUUGCUUCCAUAUCCCUGUUUAUUUAUUUUCUUUGCAAAUAUGCAGAUCAAGAAACGGCCACUCCUUCAACUUCUGUCAUAUCUCUUUAUUCUUUCACAGCUUUUCCUUUUCUCCUAUGCUGAUGUAGGCACUGCUGCCCAGUACAGCCCCCCAUAUUUACCGACGGCGUGCUAUGGUGAUGAUCAAUCCCACUUUCCAUCAAGCAAUUUGUUCGCAGCAGCCGGAGAUGGGAUAUGGGACAACGGAGCAUCAUGCGGAAGGCAAUACCUGGUGAGAUGCAUCAGUGCUUCCCAGCCUGGAACUUGUGUUACUGACCAGACUGUCCAGGUCAAGAUUGUUGAUUAUGCUCCUACUGCACAGUCUCCGCCUUCAGCUCAAACCGCCACCAUUGUCCUAUCCGAGACAGCUUUUGCUGGAAUUACGAAUAAACCAGUUGGCUCCAUCAACAUAGAAUUCCAACAGGUAUGAGACGAGGUCAAAAUCUGUUCUUAGUUCCAUUGGUCAAAGCUCAGUCAUUGACAAUCUCAAGUACAAUUGGAUAUGGCCCCUGCGUUCAAGGCAAGGGAAGGAACACAAGAAACAGAAGACUUGUAAUCUGCAAAUCAUGCAUGUAAUGUACAAUAUUUUGUUCCUGGAAUGUUUAGACGGAAAUGUGAUUGGUUGCGUGAGAUUCUUUCUUUGUCAUUUUCAUUAGUAAACCUCUAUGUCAAAUGUUUGUAUUCAUUUUGAUAAUAAAAAGGGAGCUUUCUCACAAUUCGCUAUCAUGGCGCUUUUGCGUGUGCUUCUUGCCUUUGGAAGCUUCCGCAUUU